GGGCGUCCGUGCUCAAGUGUAAAGAAACCAGGUGGAUCCAACCGAAAGGUGCCUUUAAGGACUACCGUGAGCAUAGCUCAAGAAGAGGAAACAAGGCAAAGCCUGUACAAGGAUUAGAGGUUGUUGUACAGUUUGCCUUAAAUAAUGGAGCCUGCUGUAGACAAAGUAGAAACUAUUUUUUACAUCAAAUUAACUAUCACUCGGGCAACUAACAUGCAUGGGAAAAAAGCAGGAAACCUCCAAAGUCUUCUUCGGGUGGAGAUCAAUGGUGCAAUCGUGGGAGAGUCUGAAAAGAAGCCAGUCGAUGUCACGGCCCAGUACAUCGAGUAUGACUACACGUGUAGCUUUGCCUGCUGCAAUGAUGCCCUGCCUCUCAGCGACAUCUCCCAUAAACCAAUCAUAGUGACUUUGGUUGAGCUUGUUCCUGAGAAGAAAAAAGCGGAGCCUAAAGCGAUAGUCCUUGGCCAGGCAGUAAUUGACCUACUGCCAUUGCUGCAAGGUGAGUGUUGCUUUUCAUCCACGGUUGCGCUUCAUACAAUAAAUGCCCCCCCAGAAAAGGGUUCAAUCCCAGGACUCAACUCCAAGCAGCCGAUUCUGGAUGUGGGUGUCAGCGUGUCAGCUCCAUUACUGACAGAGGAAGACCUUUCAACCUCCAACCUGGUGAAGGUAGUUUUGGAGACUGCCUACUCUCUCCCUGAUACAUUCAAUCAGAGUUGUGGGCCUGGAGCCCCUCCAUACAUAUGCGCUGCCGCAAUGGAGAUCCCAUGUACAGCAGAGAAAGAUCAGCUCUUAUUGUUCAGUGAAGGCCAGCUGAAGCCAGGUGGGCACAGGGAAGAAAAUGGCCGACAGAAGAAGAGGCCACAUCACGCCCUCCUGGCUCCAGGGAACCAUUUCCUGCCAGGAGCCGUUUUCAGCACCCAACCUAUUGAUCUUGAAGAUGGCGAGCUUUCUGGUUUAGAGGAUCGUGAGUUUCGUAAUGAAGCAGAGACCUUGCUGAACAGAGUAAGCUGGGAUACAGAAAUGUCCUGUUUUCUGGAUGCAGGUGGAGCAACCAGGUGGCGUCAGAAGGUGACUGAGAGCAGGCUGUGGCCACUUGAGAUUAUGAAGUCUUCGGUUCCUAAUGAAAAGUCAGGCGUUGCUUCCAAAAUGGGAACAGAGGAGGACCCGCAUAUACCCUCCCAUGGCGUGGCCUUUAUUGACAUGGGCCGUUUGCUGUAUCCAGGAAUUACCCAUAUCCGAGGAGCAUACCAAAUUCAGCCUUACUCAAGCACGUUACUGCUUAACAAGGCCAAGCGAAGUGUCAGUGUGUUAAAAGAGCUUUUCAAGUCUGGAGGCAUCAAAGAACGUUGUGGCACAGCUUUAGGCUUUUCUAAGACAAACGCGGGAAAGCCCAAGGAUGCAAAAGGAAAUGUUAGUAAGGUGCCUGGCAGUGCCAGUUUGACAGAUUUGGACGGAACCGACCACAUCCCUUCAGACAGAAAAGCUUAUACGGAGUCCAGAUCAUACAUUUUAAUUGACAUUUCCUUGACGAAACCACUAGUGCCCAUAACAUCUUCAGAGGAGCUGGCUAGAAGGGUGAAAGCACUGAUCCCCCCACGGCCUCCACCUUCAGUAGGACCCAACAGAGCUGAAAGAGCAGUAUUGAACUUCCACAAGCAGGUGGGCAACGUGGUGAAGCACAUUUCGGAGCAGUACGAGGAACUGUUUGGAACAGGAUUUAAACGGCUCAGUAACUGCAAUCAGGAGCAAAUGAUGGCUCAGCUGAUGGGAGCGCUCAAUGUCUCUGGGAGAUAUUUUGCCUUUAAAGAAAAAAUGAAGCCUGCUGUGGUGAAGUUUGUGCGUGACAAGAUGCAGCAGACAGACUCAUUUACAGAGGAACAGGAUCUGCAUGAAUUUGUCAGCAAGCUCUAUGUGGACCUGGUGGAUGAGAUGCAUGUUGCUCUCAACAAAAUUUAUUCACAUGGUAUUGAGGAUGACUCCAUUAAUGAGAUCCAUUUGAGCAUUUCUCAUCUUAGACAUUUUGCUCGAGAGGCUCAGCUCAUGGGGGAUUAUCAUCUGGCUGUUCGCUACUACCAUGAGUUGGUUGUGAGGGAGCCCCGUGAGCCCUCCCACAAGUUUGAGUGGGGAGGGCUCUACAUGCAAACUGGAGAAUACAUAAUGGCUAAAAUGUGCUUCCAUGAUGCCGUUGCUGUUCAGCAAGCACACCAGCCCAGUCUGAUGAUGUGCGGUGUGCUGGCAGCCAUGUUUAAUGAUUUUGAGCAAGCUGAGAUAUUCUUGGAGCGAGCCACCAGCAUAGAGCCUCCCAAUGUGGUGGCCUGGACUUUGCUGGGCUUGGUCCAAGAGAGCCAGGACAAACACAUCCUUGCUGAAAGGGCUUUCCUGGAGGCUAAAAGCCAUCUGAACGCAAAGGAAGAAAGCCAUCUGAACGCAAAGGAAGCAAGCCCUCUUAAAGGAAAGGAAGACGAUAAUGAAACUCACAAGGCAGAAGAUGCAAAUGUGGAUGAGGAAAGCAAAAAUCCAGUGGUCCAGGAAGAGGAAAAUCCCAUUCUACCUCCAGACACGGAGACUGAUGACCAGGACAUAACAGUGCACACAGAGUUGGAAGAAAACAAUGUCAUGUCCAAAUCUAUUUACACAGAGACCCUUGAAUUUCUGUUGCACAACUAUGCCCUGGAGAUGGCAGAGCACGCUCUUUCCAAGGAGCUUUCUUCAGAGGGUGAUCACAGGUUUCAUUUGGCUCGUGUGGAGCUGCUCAGAGCUGACUAUUCUAAAGCUGCUAUCACCAUCAGUGAGGCGCUACUUCAAAAAGAACCGUUUGCAGAUAUGUGGGCUCUAAAUGGCCACUGCCACUACUUGUGUGAGUCAUUCGCUGAGGCUCAGGGGAGUUAUGAACGGAGCCUGGACUUCCCACAGCAGCCAUCAGACACUCACGUCGUGCUUCUUCGCUUGGGAGCCAUUUAUCUCCAGGAGAAGAAGUUUGAGCAAGCUAAAAUGGCCUACCUGCAAGCGUGUGAAAAAUCUCCCUCCUGCCUUACCUGGUUGGGCCUUGGUAUCGCCUGUUACCAGCUGGGGGAGCUUUGUGUUGCUGAAGAAGCUUUGACGGAGGCCAACCAUUUGAACAAUCACAACGCAGAGGUGUGGGCCUACUUGACUCUGAUCUGCCUCAAGUGUGACAGACACGAGGAAGCAGAGCUGUUCUACAAAUAUGCUAUCAGGUACAACUUGGAGAAUGCAGCGCUUCACAGGGAGGUAAAAGAUCUUCAGAAUCAGGCCCAGAUCCGUCCGCUGACAUCAUGCUUUCAACCAAACGCUUGACAUGUUGUUUAGAACAUUGGAAGCCAACUAAUUGUUUUGCAUUAUAUUAUUCCUGAAUAAUCUGUAAUAUAUAUUACAGUCAUCCCUCGUUUAUCGCGGUUAAUUGGUUCCAGACCUGACCACCAAGUGAAUUUCCGGGAAGUAGGAUUCAAUAUUAAUAAACGAAAUAUUUUUUACAGUUAGAGCAUAGAAAACCUGUUAUGAUGUUCUAAAUACAGUUUUUAACGUCAUUAAAGCCCUGUAGACAUAAAAUAACACCAGUCACCUUGACACUCCUAUUAUUCUUUGUUUACACCACAUUGCGCAGGCUAGGCGAUCACAGCAGGGAAGAGACGAGAGACGACUGCCGUUAGCAUAGCAAGCUUCCGAGCUAACUAGUUAGCCUCUCUAUUUUACUUUUUGUAAACUUA